AUGAUUUUUGAGACAUUUUAUCAAAUUUUCGGUGAUUGUUGCCAGCUUGACGAGCAUUGUGGAAUUACUUGGACACCUAUAUGCGAUCAACAGGGAAAUGUUUAUCAGAAUCAGUGUCAUUUCGAUAAAGAAAAUUGCAUAUUAAACAAAAAAAAUAGUAUAACGCUACGUCCCACUGACUGCCGUGAGCUUGGGACACCCAAAAUCGCUGAUUAUGGCAACUGA